CUCAAUUUCAGGCCUGUCUUGUUUGACAAGUUCAUCCAUCUAUUGCCAUGGCUUUUCGCUCCGUCGUCCUGGCCCUGGCGGUAAACCUCGUGUGUGCGGACUUCGUGUAUGACGACAAGCUGGGGGCGGGGAAAUCCCCGGUGCUUCCGCUGGGAAGUGCUGACCGAUUUGUGCGCAGCGCCUACGAGAUCACCCGAACCACUACGGGUGCCUUGGGGAUUGUGGGCGGUCAGCAUUCCCAGCUGAUCUUGGAUUUUGGCGAUCAGGAGCCCAUGCUGGCCAUCGACUUGCACACCGUCCGCGAUCCCAAGAGGUCCGAGGAGCGCCUUGAUCUGGGCGCCAUCUUCGUGCUGCGGAUCCCCUUCGAGGACGUGAGCACCUCGAAGAAAAUGAACUCGGCCAACACCAUGACGCAGGAGGAGCUGAAAGCAGCCAAGGCCACGAACCCCAACUUCGCGGCCAAAUCUGUGUACCGGGAGAUGAGCAUGGGUCGGAAAGUGUCAGAAAGGGAGGUCUUCUCUUUCCUGCGGGUUUGGCACAAGCUCUUUGCGCACCGCUACGGCAAGCUGAGCUUCAAUUGCCAGGUCAUGAUUGGUGCUGCCUGGUCGUACAUGAGCGGGGGGACCCUGACAUGUCCCAACUGCCAUCUCUUCAGCCUGCCGUCGGGCGACGAGAUCCACGCGCUGUUUGAGAUGACCAAAGAGCGGCAACACGCACUGGCCAUGGGCUCGGUGGAGCACACCCAUGGCCUCAUGGUGGACACGCUGGACACUUUGAACGGCGAGUGUGGCUUCCGCGACCGGCUGCUCAUGCCCAACGUCUCCGCCUUCCCGUCUCCCCGGGCUUUGCCCUUGACGAAGCACCAGCUCUCAGGGGACGGCGCCGCGGUGUUCCGCGCCUACACGCUGGGGCUGCACCACAUCGGCUCCAGCUUCGACUUCUCCGAGCACCCGGAGGUCUUCCGCGGGGACCUGAGCUACGCCAAGCGCGCCUUCACCUCUGCGGAGCACGCCUUGCUGUACCAGGACGAUGACAACCAGCUGGAAAGGGCCGCGCGCACCAGCAUCAAGGUGGGGCCGUUUGACCUGGCGCUGAAUCUGGGGGGCAGCCUCUUCAAGUUUUUGCUGAAUCUCCCGGGGCAAGAGACGAGCAGUGCCACGGUGAACACCGGCAUGGAUCUCUUGCGGCAGAUGGAUCUGGGGCGGCGCAUGGUCAAGGUCGGUGACCAGGUGAGUUACAGUGGCCGGCAGCGAUUCACCUACGCCGUGACCGACACGCGCCUGGAGAUUGCCACCGGCGGCAUGCUCGACUCAUUGAAGAUUCCCUUGGGGAUCACUGGGCUGCUGUCGAAGACGAUGAAGUUCGACCUCUUGAGUAAGCACAACAUGCACGCAGGCUCCCGCAAAGACUUGCGCUAUGCCGGCGAGGUGGUGGUCAUCAACAAGAACCCCGCACAUGCGAACAAUGUGGAGCUCUGGACCGAGGAGGAUGAGUAUGAGAUGGUCUUUGACAACGGCUCGGGGUCGUACAAGCCUUACUGGCCGGCACCCCAGUUAGAGGAGCUGCUGCAUUGCAACCUCCCGGACGUGCCCGGGAAGUUCUCCAUCCGCGUGAUGCGGGGCUCCUUCGGCGCCGACCAAGCCACCUUGGACGCCUACUGCGACGUGUGGAAAGGCGUGGACGACAUCCCAGAGGCCGAGGAGUGCAAGCGGUCGCUGGGCUUCGUCGCCGUUCAGCCGGAGGUCCACAGGUGCUGCGGUUCGAUGAAGUCAGAGGAGGGCAGCUGCACGUGGAAGUGGUCGGGCGCCAACGACUGCGUGGAGGUGCCUGGGCAUUGCUGCCAGGAGACCGUCGUGAGCCAGCCCGGCGCCUGUCUGGCCGAGCCGACCUGCAAGGCGCAGAUCAUGUCCCACAGCAACGCGAAGGCCUUCCUGAACAAGGCGGACGCUGGUUUGAAGAAGUUGUGGGGCGGCAGGAGGGACGAGUGCUGGGCGCGGCAAUGGCGCACGCGCAUGUUCGACUGCUUUGCAGCCCACCAGGUGGGCACCCCGAUGAGCCUGCGCACGCAGACGUAUAUGAAGGAGUUGAAGGAAUACUUUGAGAGCGACCCUUCCCAUGCGAAAAGGUGGACCGCGUACCUCGACAACCUGCAGGAGAACUUCCAUGUGGAGCACAUCACUCUGGAGCACCUGAAGGAUGGGCCUACGAAUUUGGGCAAGGACAUCACCGUGGCGCAGUGCAUGCUGCCCUUCCUCAACAAUGCCUUCUCUUACGUGCCCUUGAGCCUCAAACUCUCGAACUUUCUCAAGGUGGGCGUCUAUGACCCCUCGGAGGGCCGCAUCUAUGGCGCCAACCUCCGGAAGUUGUGGCUCCAGUACCACCAAUACAUCUUCAACGAGCUCGACUACAAGGGCGAGAGCUACAAGACCGGCCACGAUGGAGAAGAGGGCUGUGGGACGGAAUUGACAAUUCCCAGGGCCGCUGACGAGUGGGGCAACGCCGUGUCCGAGUCCGAGGUGGAGACUGAACCGGAGACCUUUGAGCUGCAGCUCAGUGCGGCAGAGCUGGCGACCUUGAAGCUGACGGACCGGCUCGGCACAUUCGAGGUGCAGUGCGGCGCAGUCGUCACCGGCGAGGAUUUCGCUUAUGAGAGCUCCCUCUCUGGGUCCAUGAUCGUAGCGGUCCAUGGAGUCCCCACUUUGCACAGGUCCUUUGAGGACACAAAAGCCAUGAUCUCGAAGAGCCUCCAGACUGGGCCCGUGCGACUGAAGUUCCAGCGAGUGAACCCGGGCUUCUGCAACAGGCAGCUUGACGAAUGUCAGGACCGCAUUCCCAUCCCGGGCUCGGAGGACUGGGCGCGGUGCUGGUACACCAAGGGAGAGCAAGCCUGCGGGGAGUACUGCUGUUGCCCCAGCGGCUACCAGUACUACACCAGCUAUUUGUCCUCUGGCUGCAGCAGAUGCCCAUCCGAGGUCUUGUGACCUUGCCGGCGCCGGG